UCUACAGUAAGUGAGCACUGCGUUUAAUAAAAAAUAAUGUACCUACUGCCUGCCUCAUGGCCGUUUAUAUUUUUUGGCUCAGGCUGAUUACUAUUCAAAAUAAAUAUACAUCAGUUUUAAUUUUUGAUUCAUAAUGGCUGUAGCUGCACUGCUGAAAAUCUAUUAUAUGUUAGUCAAUUAAUUGAACAUCAAUUGAAAUUAAACCAUUAACAAGGAAGUUAUUAAGUCAUUGCUUCUGUCUAUUGUUGAAUUCAUUAGUGAAAAGGAAAAUGUUCUAUCGAAUACAAGUAGAAAAUACAAUACCGAAGCGAAACUUCUAUUCUAGUGAAAUAAUAAAAACCUUUGCAGCAGACGUAUCAUACAAAGAUGUCUUCCACGAAACUCCAAAAACUAGAUGAAAUUAUAUCCAAUUACAUAGAAAAAGAUAAAGAUAUAAUAGAUAUGCAAGUUAGUAACCUAACAAAUCCAGGCGAUAACUGGGGAAGCCAGAUAUACAAGGUGGAUCUCAAACUGAAAACAAAAACCACCGAAUCAGAAGAGCUAUAUUUGGUAGCCAAGCAAAUUCCAAAUUCCGAAUAUUAUCAACAAGUUUUCAAUGUACAAGUAACGUUUAAUCAAGAAAAAGAAUUUUAUAAAACAGUAGUACCGACACUGCAUGAUUUUCAACGAAAAAUGGGGACGAAGAUUCUAGAUGCCUUUCCAAAAUUCUACGGAGCUAGAAAUAGCUUGAAUUGUGAAAAUGGAAAAGUAGAUAAAGAUGGUUUGAUAGUAGUGGAGAAUUUAAAAAUUAAAGGUUAUAAAAAUCUGGAUCGAUUUGUUGGUUUCGACUUAUCCACGAGCAGAACCAUUCUAAAAACUCUGGCGCAGUUUCACGCGAUACCUCUGGCAAUCAAAUUAAAAGAACCCGAAGUUUUUGAGCAAAAAAUCAAACCACAUCUCAGCUGCUUCUUACCAAAAUUACCAAAAGUCAAUUUAUCAAGCGAAACUGCGGAGUUGGUCAAGCUUUUAGAGGAAUCAGAAGAGUGCAGACAUUUGACGGGUGUUUUAGAAAAAUCAAUCGAAUAUUUUUUACUGUUUCCGGAAAUUUAUAGAGAACCGUUCUCUACCGUAGUACAUAGGGACUUUUGGGUGAACAAUAUCAUGGUAAAUUCCAAAAACGACGUAAAAAUUGUUGAUUUCCAAAUGUAUACUUACGAUUCCCCUAUUGUCGAUUUAUUUUUCUUUUUAUUCACCAGUGUACAAACUGAGGUUUUAAAAGAAAAUUUGGAUAAUUUACUUCACUUUUACCAUGAAAAUUUCAUUCAAACUUUGGUCGACCAUAAGUGUCAGACAGAAGCGUUUUCUUACGAAAAAUUUUUAGACGAAAUAUCUGCUUGCGGUAAAUAUGAAUUCGGAAGAGUAAUGUUUAUGCUUUGCCUUGUUGUAAGGGGUCCUAAAGAAUUUUCGUUAGAUCAGGAUAAUACUUCAGAUACUCCUAAAUUGAAUACGAAGCAUCUGACUACUGACGAUAAGGAUAGGGUGUUUUGGUUUGCACAAGAGUGUUACAGAAGGGGAUGGUUAAAUUUCUAGGUCAAUUUAUAUUUAUGAAAACACAUGUAAUAUUACUGCACAACGUGUUCAUUAAAUUCUUUUUUUAGACUUCAAAGUCGGAAAAAUUUUUUUACGCAAGAGUAUUUUCGUUUCACUGGUGGGUGUAGAUUAAUUACUAUUUAAAAUAAAUUAAAACCAUUUAAAACUAAGUCAAACGAUUGAAAACGAUUUAAAACGAUUUAAAACGAUUUAAAAC